CAGGAAUUUCAUUAAGGAAAUCCAAUUAACCUGCAAGAGUUGCAUACAUUGAAAUCUAAUAUCUUCCACCAAAAGCUGGCUUUGUGGUUUUUAUAGCAACCUUUGCUAUUCCUGGAUAAAUAAUGCUUCUUUAUAACAUAUGCACUGACAUCUUUAUAUAAUUAACAGCAUAUAAUAACAUCUUCAUUCAUCUCUGCUUUGCAAACAUUCAAUUCUGCUUCCCAUGAAACGUAUCAAAUGGUGUUUUUGAAGAAGAUAUGAGUCAGGACGGAUUGGAUGUUAGACACUAGCACAAAGCAAACACAGAUAUAGGAGACACAUGAUGAAAAAUGUGGCUCCUGACAGCGUGCGAGUCUGCGUGCGUUGGUUAGGGCCUGAUCCUGUGAAUUGCUGAACUGAAUUAAUUAAGAGCCUAAGAUACCAUUAAGUCCAUGGGGACUGAUAGUGCUCAGCAGUACUCAGUGUUGAAGCCCUUAAAUAAAAGCCAACCUACAAUCCCAAUUCAUGCGAGUAACAAUAUUGCACACAUCUACUGUGGGGCCAUGAAUUAUUCACAUCAGUGUAGCAUGAAAGAGGCAAACAGCAAAGCCUGUUUAAAAUAACACACAAACACUCAGUGUUUCUGUGAUGUGGGAGGGUCAUCAUUUGGCCCAUUUUUCACUCGUAUGCAUAUUCCUUUUAUUUGCUGCGUGCAUAGGUCUGAUAUGAGGAUGUGGAGAAAAUAAAUACAGGAGAUAGACAUCUAAUAAACAUUAGUAGAAAAUGAGGAAAGGAGGUUACUGAUUAGCAUUCUUCCCAUAUGAAACUACUAGAUUUUAUCAGAGAAAUGUGAGUUAAGUGUUUUACCAUUCUUUUUUUUUUAACCAUUAUCUGAUCAGAGAAGCAUAAAAAGCACUUUAUUGCCUUUUUUUUUUUUUAUCCCUGUGCUAGGAGCCCUCUGCAGGAAGUGAAGCUGAAUUUCACAAAUCUUCCCUUUCUGACGUCUCCCGAAUUUCUAGGAAUACCCCUUCCCUGUUACUAUAUUUGGUGGUAGUUUCUAGGAAAAAAAUAAUUUUCGGACGGUCUUGGACUCACCACACCUCCUCUCCGAGGACUGUGCGCCCCGAGUCUCCUGGCACGGCCCCCGCGGAGUUGAGGAGCUCACAGCUCGGGCUCACAACUCCCGGAGCAGACUGCACGUCUUUGUAGCACUGUUGGAGGAAUGAGCAUGGAGAAGGAGUGGGAAGGGGAGAGGUGUCUUUGUGGCAACGAGUGAAUCUUCUCUAGUUGUUUUUUUUUCUUGACGGCUGCUCUUUUUUUUUUUUUUUUUUUUUUUUCCUUUUUGCCGCCCUGCACUUUUCUUCCCCCCCUUUUUUCAAGGAAGAAGAUCUAAAUGAAAGAGAAAAAAAAAACCCUCUGGAUUUUUUUUUCCCCCUCCGCUUCCCCCUCUCCCCCUCCCCUUGAUGUGGCCUCUUGUUUAGCUUGUGGCGUGACCGUGAUGAAGAAAUGUUUCAGGGCGCCUGGCAGGGUGAUCUUUUUAUGUAAUGAGUCAGGAUUUUGCCAACGGAAGGAGCCGGCUCGGAGCGAGGACCGGAGGGCUGUCUCCUUUCAAGAACGGGGACCUGCCCGGCGAGAAGCUCCCUGUGCUCGGGAUCCCCGCUCCCUGCGGGCGCUGAUCCGUUCGCAUUCCCGGCUCGCGGGGGCACCGCCGCGGGCACUGACAAGUGGUGAGUUGCGCUCUCCCUCCGCGCCCCCGCUCCGCGCCGCCCGCCCGCGGGGAGCAGCGCGGCCCCGCGACGUCCCCGCCGAGGCCGCAGGUGCGGCCGCCGCCCCGCGCCCCCUUCCGCGGGCAGCCGGGGCCGCGCCCUGCGCGGGGAUGGGGCGGCUGCGCGGCGGGCGGGCACCGGGGCGUGCGGGCGCGGCCGCGGAAAGGCGCCCCGGGAGCGGCGGCGCCGCGGGGCCGCGCAUCGCCGGGAGCGCGGCCCCGGGCAGCUCCCGGCGCGGCCCCGCGCCCACCUGCCGCAGGCCGCGGAGGGGGCGCGCCGGGCGGGGCGCGGGGCCCGCCGCGCCCCGUUGGGAAGGGGCGGUUCGCGGCCGUGCCGGCACCCUCGGGAGCCACAGGUGCCGCUCCCCGCGGAGCCGCUCCCCGCGAUGCCCGCCACAGCUCCCGUCCCGCUGCCUCCGCGUGCCUUCUGCGGCGACUUUCGCCAGGCACAAAUAACUACAAAUGCGCGUGCGGAGGGGUGUCGAUGCGCACCGUCUGAUCAGCUCGUGUGAAAGCAUGGCCAGAAAAAUCUCCUAAAUCAUCACAGCCAUAAAUAAGAUGUAUUUGGUGAUUAUAAAGCAGUUCAGCUAGGACAGCAUUCUUCGGCUCCGCGUUUUGAUUAUCAAAAGCAGAAUGAAUGUAAUAGUGGCUUUUCAAGGACAAUAAUUAGUUUCUUUUAAAGUAACUGACAGCAUUAACCUACUUCAGCCAUCCAAGUGUAAACUAUAAUUAUUUUAACAUGGAUAUUAUUUAGAAGCUCUAUUGGAAUUAUAAAGUGAAGAUUUAAAAUAUAUGUUCCUUUUGUCCGUGAAUUUAUGAUUUUCCUCUCAUCUUUGAAACAAGAUCUUAUGAAACAUAAUAUUGAAGGUAGUAAGAUGAUGAUGUAGAUCUGAAUACUUGAAACUAUCAUUGUUAGUAUGAAGAGACCUGUUUUCAAAUGAAAGUAAUUUCUAGUUAAUUGUACAAAUAACAAAUUUAGAAUAAUGACAGAUAUUCGUCUAUAAUGUGUCAACUUUAGUCUGAAAUACAGCGAAACAGAUAAAUAAUAACUUACAUACUUUGAGAAGAAAUCUUAAUAGAUAUUUUGGGUGCUGGGUCUAAUAACUGUUACUCUGUGUCAUUUUAUAGGCACUUAGAAAAGGUACUUCUUACCUGCUUGAUAAAUAGAUCAUAAAGUUUUAGUAAAGUCAACCUGUAAGCAAUUCCUGCUGUCGAGAAAGUGAAGGAGGGUGUAUUGCAACUGGGCUACAACGUUCUCUUUUGAUUAGUCUGAAAGUUACCCACUCUAGAAGCAAUGACUGUUGAUUUGGCAUAUCUUACAAAGAUACUUUACUUACAAAUUGAAUCUUGGAAGGCUGUGGUUCCAGAGUCGGGGUUUUGGGGGCGAGAUGAGCUUAUGUUUUAUCCAACUGGCCCACAAAGUCCCGCUUUUGGUGGUCACUUUGUUCUGCAAAAGAAAACAGCACAUUAUGGCUCUUACACUGGACAGUAAACUUAGUAGUAAACUACUGUUGCACUUAGUAAAGGGCUAUUAUACACUUUAAAUAAAUAGUUACGCUCUAACUUUAAUGUUGUCUUCAGCAAUAAAAAGUGGAUAAAAAAUAUAAUAAUUCUGAAAGUUAAACAUAAAAGCUUUUUAACUGUUGGUGGUGUUUUUCUCAUAAAAAGCCAGCAAAAGCUGAAGAAAAAGUCACCUUUCAAAGGGUGGUCAUGCAAUACAGGUGAAUUGGGAGAAAAGACCGUCCUUAAAAAAGAGAGUUUUUUUAAACAUUGAUAAAAUCUUUUAAACACUGGUAGCAUUUGUCUUGUCAAUCUCCGCCUCAUUAAUUUUUUGCUCACAAAGCAUUCAGUGGUAAUGUAUCUCUUGAACGAGCUGUUUCUUUAUGUGUGUCUGUGUGUGUCUCCAUGUGUAUGGUCUUUAUCUAUGAUUCAGUUUAAAGACUGCUAAUUUUUGUACUGGUAAAAGCUGUGGAAUAUAUUAUUGUAAGGCAGUGUAAACCUGAGCUUGGUAGAGCUGUUUAAGUUCACGUUACUAUUUACAUUUUGGUAUCAAUAUCCUAAAGAAUUGAAGUAUUAUUUUUACUUAAAAGUUACAUAGCUGUACUUUCCUCAUGGAAUUAUAGAAAGUGUUCCAAAUAAUAUACUGCACAGAUAUUUAACACUGAAUGAACACAUGACACUCACAAAAUAUAAUUUAUACAUUGUUUCACAUAUAUAGCAUAUUCACAAAACAUACAUGCAGGAGCAUCCUUUCAGUUGGUGUAAACAUGUCUGUCAUAGUUUUGACGUUUAAGGCCAGCUAAUCUACUUAAGCUACUCAUAAACAUCCAGACAUUUGCAUUGUGGUCACAUUGUCAUUGCAGUCAAGUUAAUUUUAAGUGUUGACCUACACAGACUGAAUCAAUUUGAGUAUUUCAAAAAGGCCUGGAAAUUCAGCUGAAGUGAGACAGUGACACACUCUUAAAGCAAAGUUGUUGGCAUGUGAUUUAUCAUAUGACUGUAUGCAGGAUCUGUACAUUUAUGCAAAUUAAUUUCAGGAUGAAUUAUCAAGAUUUUUCUAUAGAAUUCUCACAUUUUAUAUUUUAUAGCAAUAUAAUUGCAACACAAGUGAAAUAGGAUGCAUCUAAACCUCAGUGCAACAAAUUCAUCACUUAUUUAAGACAGAAAUCUGAUUUGGAGGAGCUUAGGUCAGAACUCUGGUGCAAAUAUGCUCUUUUAGCUACUAUUUUUCAUUAAAUAAUACUGUUCAGAAGCAGCAUUUAUGAAAAGUUAAAUUUUCAUAAGCCCAUUAAUUGAAAAAUUAACUAUAGAAAUAUUUUAUUUUUGACUAUAAUACAGUAUAUUAGUACUUUGUUUGUGAAUAUGUUCCAGACCUGUCCAGUCUUCCUAGCUGUCAGAUUUGGAUUGGUUUAUUUCCUGUCAUUUCUUCUCUAGUAUUCUGAGAAUGUAAGAGCAGUGAAUCAGACAUGAGAAAGUGGAUCAGUGUGACGAUCUUGCUUUAAGGGAAAAGAGAAACACUUCUAUCCAAACAUCAGCAAAGAUCAGCUCUGCUCUGCUGAAAUACCACAGUUGCUUCUUAGCAGCUGUUACUUUAAAGCUCUUAAAUUAAAAUAUAAUUUUGUACAGCUACUUCCAGUAAGAUGUGCUUUAUGUAUCACACUUUGUUAAUCAGCUAUUUUUAGAUUAUUUUUUAAAAUAGUAUCUAGCUGGCUCUCUACUGAGGAUAUAUAAAAUUCACUUGCAUUCCUUCUAGCACCAAUAACCUAGCUAUAUAAUUAAUACACUAUUUAAAUUAUUAAUGAGCAGUGUUAAAGAACACAGUUAUGCUUCUGUAGGCCUUCCUCAUCCAAUAUUUUUAUUCACAUUUUUCCCAUCAAUAAGCUUAGAGAAAGAGCUCCUGUUUGCCUUUGGAGUGCAGUAGAAUAGACAAUUUUCUGCUGCUAUAGGUAUCAUGCAUAUAUUUUAAACUUUAAAUGUAUGUUCAUUUUGUAUGUAUUAUUUAAAUUAAUGAUGAUUAGACAAAACAGUGAUAUAUUUCCUAAACAUCUGUGUUAUAAAAAUUUGGUUUCUUUCCCUCACACUGAUUUUCCCAGCAGUUUUGCGUGCAGCUUGGGGUGCUGGCCUCAGAGCUGAGGCUCCUGAAGUGCACUGUGUAUCCAGAGCAUUAAUAAUUAAAUACCUGGGAUCAGUCUGUCUUGCUAUUUGAGAUGAAAAAAGAAAUUUACAGAAGAUAAAAAGUAGGUGGUAUGUUUGUAAUAAAAAUUAAUUUUUUUCAGAUAAAGAGUGUCAUUAAUUAUAGAAAGAAUAAUAUUUAGAAACAUCAACCCCAACUAUAUAUUGCAUUUAUAAUUGAUAAAAUUGAAAGUGCUACUAGCUAUCUUUCUAUUUAGAAUAAAUUUAAAACUACAUUUUAGAAAUAUUUUUCUGCGUUUUUAACCAAACCUUUAAAAAACCAGCUUAUGAACACAGCGAAUCAGCAGAGGAUUACCAAAUGGCCUAAUCUGUUUAUUUUUGAAAUUUUAUUGAAAGCAAUGAAAAGAUCAGGAUCUCCCCCAGAAUCCUGUGGCAUGGUUUGGAGACUGGUCUGGGGCCUGCAUUUUCUGAAGCAAGGCCUCAACCUUUGACACCUCCUGACCCUGUGUUUUGCAACAGAAAAGUUUUGUGACUCCCCUCUGAUCCAGCCACAGAAAAAGAGAGAGAGAGGUAACCACCCCGAGUUUGGAAACUCAUGACCUGGAACAGCUAAACAUUUUGCCUUAUUAAAGGCUGCAGAAUCAGUUGUCCUUUCUUAGGAAGUUAUCCAGAGUUUUUCCAGGGCACACAGACACCCGUGGUCUGAUUUUUAAACUCUGCCUUGUUCUUUGCUCCCUACUGCAGUGUCACACACCAGCACUGCUUCCCUGUGGCAAACCUGGACCUCAUGCCACAAGGAAAGUCUAUGCAAACACAAACCAGUAUGUUCAGGCAUAUUUUCCAAAGACAUCACUCUAAAGAUCGUUUUACCUGCCUUGGAAAUUGUAUUUAGAAGCCUAUGAAGCAAAAACAAAACAAAGAAGUUCAUUUUUUAAAAUAUGUUUAAAAGAUUAGGGGAGAAACCCUGCUAUCACCUGGAAGCUGCACCUGUAGUCCAAGAUGUGGUAGAAAAGUGGUUCAGACCAUGUGGCUUGAGACUAUGAAGCUUCUGGUGAAAUCGAAGAAUUUAAAGCAUCAUUUGCUCAGUUCACAGUGCACAUCAGUUAAUAACUGCAGUAAUCCCUUACUGCAAUGCCAUGUGCUAUUCUCAGUCAAACAGUGCAAACGUGUAAAAUUUGGUAAAGGUAUAAACAUGGGAAAAAGAUACAAAGAAUCAGGGGGUUUUGCCUGUUGUCAAAAUGCCCAAAUAGUUCCUUUUUACAAUGUUUGGGGGCAAGGGCAACAAUUCUGUAUUCAGGUAUGAAUGGAUAGGCCUUAAUCAGCUUGGGAAAUUUUUUCAGGACUUUUCUUACAACACCUAUGGAGUAAAUAAAGAUAACACCAAGAGAAAUAAAAGCUCACACAUUACUGAGAUAACUGGCUUAGUGAGGUAGCUGAUGGGACUACACAUUAGCAGUUGGUUCCAGAAAGUUACCCCUGAUCUCUGAUUCCCUGUUGGAUAUAAGGCUCUUUAAUUACCAACUUUUUUUUUAAUAUUGGAAUCAUAAUUCUCUACAGACAGACUCCAGAGGUUUUUUUUUUCUUCUCUUGUUUGAAGCAUAUCUGCUUCUAGCUGAGCUUAAAAGAAGUCUUAAAAAUUGAAUCCUAUGUGAUUUUCUAGUAUGCUGAAUAUUUGUAUAGUUGAUAUAUAUGAAAAACUUUUAAACAAAACUAUUUUGAUCUUUUCAGUUAAUACUGUUAGUUCUAAUUUAGCUGUUAAUGAGGGAGACUACAAUUCAACAGUAUAAAGUAGUAUUGAUGCGUUUUUGCUAUUUGAAGUUUCUCAGCUUCAGUCAGAGAGUCCAAAUCCUUUUACUGCAAUCAUGGCCUUUCUAUAUGAACCAAUAUAAAAUAGUAUCUAGAGAAUAAUUUUUUAAGUAAAGCUUUUAAUUUGUAGGUCAGGGCAAGAAUUAAAACAGAACAGACACACUCCUCCAAAAAUAUAAAAUGCGUUCUAUCAUCUACAACAAGGCAUGUAUAAAGGGUUGCAGGACAAGGUGAGAAAAAUAACUUCAGGAUGUUUCAGGACUGGCCCACAUGCAUCAGGAAAAAUAAUGCAGUAAUUGUACUGAAAGAGCAUUUCUAUUUGUUACACAUUGCUGCUGUUAAAAAUUUCUGGUUUAUGGUCAGCAAAAUCUUGAUUUUUGCUUUGAUGCUGCUGCUGUUUAUAUUAAAGCUUUCUUUUGUAAUUAAAGGCCUAUUUCAAAUCACACAAAGCACACACACCACUGUCAGUAGGUGCCUGGAUGCUGUUGUAAGCCAGAAGUAUCUCCACUGAAUUCACUGCAUCUACAUCCAUAAAAAAUGCAGGGGAGAUCAUGUUAAAAUUUCUGGAACCUGGGAAAAUAAUUUAGUUAAUUUUUCAAAUUUUAGCAUGAAGAAAGGGCAAAAGUAUUACACAGAACAUCAUAUUAAUUAAUGUGAGGAAUUGAGCAUUGCUUUUUUCAACAAUAUUGUUAUAUUUUAUGCUUUGUGCUACAAGAAUCUGUGAAGAAUAUGCCUGUUAGGUGCUAUUCAGUGUGGAUUGUUUUAAAAUAGUUUCUUUUCAUUUGGCAUGCCAAUUGAAUGGGCAUAACUUAAAGUUCAAAUGUGCUACCUGUUUUACUAAGGAUAUUUAUAAAUAUGGAUAUACAUAUUUAGCCUACUAAAUUGGAAUUCCGCUUUGUAUUUUUACUCUGAAUGGUCCUUCUUUAUGUAUGGAAAACUGCCCAGACAGUUCACUGGAAAAUAUUUUUAAUUUCUUUAAAAUGAAAGAUGUUCUAUUCUAAUUCUAUUAUGUAUAAUUUUCUUCUAUAAACUAAUGUUCAUUCUGUCACUGAAGAAUCCUUAAAAAUAAGAAAUGCAAGUCAACAGUUGAUGCUGAUUAUCUUGGUUUUUUUUUUUUUUUUUUUUUUUUUUUUGAUGAGUUGAAAGAAGAAAAACUGUCCUGUUUUGUCUGGGCUUCAUGCAAAAUGUUU